AUCUGACAUUUUGACAAUUAUAAAUUACUGUCAUAACGUUGGGAAAUGAACUAAAUUUUAGUGAUAAAUACAAUACUUGAUCAAAAUGAGCAGUUCUGAUAAAAAUACUACAAAUACAACAGGAUCAAAGUCUACUAGAGCUCCAUCAGAAAAUUUGGAUCAAUCUGUUUGCCCAGCUUCGGUGGAUAAAUGUGUACAUAAAUGUGUCCCUUCCUCCUGUUUGAAUAAAAGAGUACAACCAGCCUCAACAGCGGCUGCUAUUGCUCCUCUACCAGACCAAUCAAAAUUUUCUCCAGAACCUCCGAAACAAACUGCUGCACCUGACAAGAAGGCUGCUUUAGAAAGCAAUCAAAAUCGUUCACCAAUUGCGUUCAGCUGCUCACCAGACAAUGCCAGUUGUUCGAAGGGUCAAAGUGGAUCACCACAAAUAAAGUCAAAUGCUGCAUCGGAGAAUCCAAAAGACGCGGCAGCAAAGGGAUCUUCUUCUCAAUGUAUAAAACCAAAACCUGUUUGUAAGGAUUGUGCGAGACCGGUAUGUAAGGAUACUAGUACCGUGAUAAAACCACCUCCAGGAAGACCUUCGUUCAAAACUAUCGCACUAACGGCAGUAGCCCUGGCUGGAGGAAUAUACUUGUACGAAACUGUUUUGAAAGAUUAUAUAUUCGGUGGACCAGAAUGCGCUUGUGGAUGUAAUAAAAAGAAAUGACGAUGACAUUGAAUAGAGAAUAAUAAUGUAAUUAAACAGCUUGUAAUCGAAUUAAUUCUAAUAAUAACAAUACUAGGA